GAGACGCAGCAGCAGCACCGGCCGCCGGUACAAGAACCUCUAAAACACUCACAAACACAUAGACAGACAACUGGGAAAGGGAAAUGCAAUAACUUUUAGAUCGAAGGAGGCGUAGCAGAAUAAUUAGAUCGAAUGGGUUGGUGGAAGGGCCGCCGGCGGAAGAAAAGGAGUUCAGGAUGUGAGCCGGUGUAUCUGAACGUGUACGAUGUUUCCCCCACGAACGGCUACGCCUACUGGCUCGGCCUCGGAGUGUACCAUUCCGGGGUGGAAGGUUUCUUCCAUGCAUGCAUGCAUCUACUUCAUCAUUUCUCCAUUAAUAAUUAAGAAUGUAUAUAACGUUGACGUUGUUGUUACAGUUUACGGCGUUGAGUAUGCUUUCGGGGCUCACGAGAGUUCGUGGUCGGGGAUAUUCGAAGGAGAACCGAAGAAGUGCGAAGGGUUCAAGUUCAGGAAGAGGGUGAUGAUAGGGAAGACGGGGAUGGGAGAGAGUGAGGUGAAGGCAGUGAUGGAGGAGCUUGGCGGAGAGUACAGAGGGAAUGCAUACAAUUUGAUAAGCAAGAACUGCAACCAUUUCUCCAACGCAGCCUCUCGCAGGCUCACCGGAAAAUCUAUUCCCGCUUGGGUGAAUCGCCUUGCCAAAUUCGGUAUGCACGUAAUAAGCUCUCUCUUACUUGUUAAUUAGCUGAUGAUGAUCGAUGAUGAUAUAAUUUGGAUUGCAGGGAUGUGUUGCAAAUGUGUUGUGCCGCCGGUGCGACUGGAUGCAACCAUGGCCACUACUCACCGCACCAUUAAUUGCGACAACAUGCCAACCUGCCAAUUUAAUUUCCCGCCUAUAGGGAAACACUAGAACCGCACCAAUAUAAAAUGAAUGCACC